CCGGUAUGGUCACGUGGGUCCAAGAUGGCUGCGCCCAUAGAGUGACAAUUGGAGGGGGAAGACUUGAAGGAGUUUAAAUGUGGGCCGCGAAGCUUGGCGUCUGAUUGGAUAUCUUGUAAAGAAACGCCUGCUUGCUCCUCGACUCUUUUUUGGGGUUAAAAAACAAGAUUUGAGGAUUUUGAGCUCUCCGUUUUUGGUGAACAUUAUAGAGCUCAGAAACCGAUGUUCGCGAGGGGCUAGUUUAUUUUGAAGCCAGUACGGGUUCCGGUAUGGUCACGUGGGUCCAAGAUGGCCGCGCCCAGUGAGUGACAGUUGGUGAGGAAGACUUGAGGGAGUUUAAAUGUUGGCUUAGGAGCUUCACGUCUGAUUGGACAUCUUGUAAAGGAAAAAAAGCCUACCUGCUACUCAACUCUACCAACAUGAGCAAGGGCGAAUUAAUUGUCCCGAAAGAUUUCCCCCAACUCCAGAAUGACACCUUCCUGAAAGCGGCGCGAGGUGAACCGAUCCAGCACGUCCCCGUGUGGUGUAUGCGGCAGGCUGGAAGAUACCUACCCGAGUUUCGUGAGUUCAGGGCAGGGAAGGACUUUUUUGAAACGUGCCGCUCGCCGGAAGCGUGUUGCGAACUCACAUUGCAGCCUCUGAGGCGUUUUCCAUUUGACGCCGCCAUCAUCUUCUCAGACAUCCUGGUGGUGCCGCAGGCCAUGGGCAUGGACGUCCAGAUGGUGCCGGGCAAGGGUCCUACAUUCCCACAGCCCCUGAAGGACCCUGAAGACCUCCAGCGUCUGAGUACAAAAGUGGACGUGGACAAGGCGCUGGGCUACGUUUUCCAAGCCAUCACGCUCACCAGACACAAGAUGGAAGGCAAAGUCCCGCUCAUAGGCUUCACCGGAGCGCCGUGGACGCUCAUGUCCUACAUGAUCGAGGGCGGAGGCUCCACCACCCACGCCAAAGCUAAGCGGUGGCUGUACAAACACCCCGAGGCCAGCCGUAUGCUGCUGAGGAUGCUGACCGACGUCAUCGUGGACUAUCUGCUGGGACAGGUGGCAGCCGGAGCCCAGGCCCUGCAGGUAUUCGAGUCCCACGCUGGCAUCCUGGGGCCGGUGGAGUUCCAGGAGUUCUCUCUGCCGUACCUUCAUGACAUCGCUCGCCGUGUUAAAGAGAAACUCAAAGAGGCGCGGCAGGAAGUGCCCAUGAUCGUGUUUGCAAAGGAUGCUCAUUACGCUCUGGAAGCUUUGUCUCAGUCUCAUUACGAAGUGGUCGGGCUCGACUGGACCAUUGAUCCCCGCACAGCACGUGAGAGGACAGGAGGGAAGGUCAGCCUUCAGGGAAACCUGGACCCAUGUGCGCUCUACGCUCCCAAGGAACGUAUCUCAGACAUGGUGAAGAAGAUGUUGGAGGGUUUUGGCACCAGAGGCUACAUCGCUAACCUGGGCCACGGUCUGUACCCGGACAUGGACCCAGAACAUGUGGGCGCCUUCGUGGAGGCCGUGCACCAACACUCGAAACAGAUGAUCAAGCAGAUAUAGACGUAUAGUUGCCGGAUCAUUUUUAUUUGACUUUAAAGUCAAUAAAGAGGAAAAAAAUAACACAAUACACGUAGUCGCAUUUUUUGUAUGGUGAAAACAGCAUCCAUUUUUCCGAAUCUAAUCCAUUUUUGAUGUUCUGCGAACAAAGCAAUGACACAAUUCACCUUGCAAUUCUGGCAGUGUUGCCUUUCAGUGCUGUUUUCCUAAAACAAGAUUUUCCUUUAAUCUGAAAUAUCUUCAUCUGGUGGGGGGUGGAUUAUGUGUUUUGGAUUGAAUGGGAUGACCUCGUUCCUGCCACAUUUACGUUCCAGUACAUGACAUCUGUAUUAAGGCUGUGCCGUGCCGUAACCGUGGUACCCGGGUUCCCAGAGCUCAGAUGUGGACCAGUGGAGCUCCAGCUCGUCAACGUAUUCAUCUUCUUAAAGGCAUUUCUUAAAGGCAAAUUCAUCUUCUUAAAUGUGCAAUACAUUCACUCCUUCGGCCCGUGUCUCUCACUGAGUCGAUGCUAUUUGACUCUUUUUGACUGAUUCUUACUGACUCACAAGUGUUUGAUAAAGACUUGAGUUUCACAGUUUCAUCGACUCACUGGUUGAAAAAGACUCUAUUUUCACUGAUACUUGGCACAUAUCAAUGAUCGACCACGUGUACGCUCCU